UGAGGAAGUGAUCCAAUGGGACAGGAGCAGUUCCGGGUCGGCCUUCCUCGCUUUGCCUCGGCCUCCCCCCUCCAUUGCCGGCAAGAGGAGAGAAGCCAUGACUUCGCUUCGGGCGUUCACGUGUAAUGACCUCUUCCGCUUCAACAACAUCAACUUGGAUCCUCUCACGGAGACUUAUGGAAUUCCAUUUUAUUUACAGUAUUUGGCUCACUGGCCAGAGUAUUUUAUUGUUGCAGAAGCACCUGGUGGAGAACUAAUGGGCUAUAUCAUGGGAAAAGCAGAAGGCUCAGUAGCCAGGGAGGAGUGGCAUGGCCAUGUUACUGCACUGUCAGUUGCACCUGAAUUUCGCCGGCUUGGUUUGGCUGCUAAGUUGAUGGAGCUCCUUGAGGAAAUAUCAGAAAAAAAGGGUGGAUUUUUUGUAGAUCUCUUUGUAAGAGUGUCCAAUCAGGUUGCAGUGAAUAUGUACAAACAACUGGGCUACAGUGUGUACAGAACGGUGCUGGAAUACUAUUCAGCCAGCAAUGGAGAGCCUGAUGAAGAUGCUUAUGAUAUGAGGAAAGCCUUGUCCAGAGACACAGAGAAAAAAUCAAUUGUGCCACUACCACAUCCUGUCAGACCGGAAGAUAUUGAAUGAGCUUUACUUCAGAUUCUGUAUGCAGCAUAAUGGAAACAAAAUUAGUAGACUGUUGGCAAUACUUUCAAGAGUCAUUGGCAGCAUUUAUCCUGAAUGUAAUUUGGAAGCCAUGGAGCAACAAGGAACAUGUGUGGAGGACAAUUUAAAUCUUGUAAUGCUCCUGAAACAGAAACAGACUUGGAAUUGAAAUUGGAAUAUUUGUCACUUAUGGUUUAAUUUUUAAGCCACAAAUAAUUCCUCGGGUAUUUUGAACUAUUUCUAUAAAUGGCAAUGGUUUUGAGUUUUUUAACUUUGAGUAAACACUUCAAUGAUGUCUUAUUACUUUGUUAAAAUUGGAGCCUUAACACAAAGUCAAAUCAAUAAAGGAAAUGAAAAUA